AUGCAGGAACUCAUUGCUGGGUUGGAAAAAAUGACCUUUAAUCUUGAGGAUGAUGUGGAGAACCAGAGAGGUGUUGGGUAUCUGCCCUUCCCAGGAAUGGACAAAUCAGGGGUGGCUGUAUGCACCUUCUUUCUUAAAGGCUUCUGUGAGAAAGGCCACCUCUGUCCCUUUCGGCAUGAUGACGGGGAGAAGACAGUAGUGUGCAAACACUGGCUUCGGGGGCUUUGUAAGAAGAGCGACCAAUGCAAAUUUCUGCACCAAUAUGACAUCACCAAGAUGCCUGAGUGCUACUUCUACUCCAAAUUUGGAGAAUGCAGCAAUAAAGAAUGCCUUUUUCUUCAUGCUAAUCCAGCCUCCAAGAUCCGAGACUGUCCCUGGUAUGACCAAGGUUUCUGUAAGUAUGGUCUUCUGUGUAAAUUCCGCCAUACCAGAAGAGUGCUGUGUACCAACUACCUAGUUGGCUUCUGUCCAGAGGGACCUGGUUGCAAAUUCACACACCCCAAGAUGACUCUGUUAUUGCAUAACACAAGUCACUCAAAGAAUGUAAGUCAACUACAAAGGCCAACACAACUUGCUUCCAUUGUGGAAAUGUGUUCUGAGCACAGUCAGCAAGAGAGCCACUAG